GCGAACAGCUGUUUUCGCGGGACGCGCACGAGAAGAAAAGUUGUUUGCGGCGUUUUUUGUUGUGAAAAUCGCGAAAAAUGGUGACAAAAACAAGUCAAUCCCUGAAUUUGGAGCUCAAUUUUGAAGAGGAGGAUGUUCCGUACGAGGAGGAAAUCCUGCGAAAUGCCUACUCCGUGAAACAUUGGCUGCGCUACAUUGACCACAAAGCCAAGGCUCCAAAUAAUGGUGUUAAUCUGGUCUAUGAGCGCGCUCUAAAAGAACUUCCCGGCAGCUACAAAAUCUGGCACAAUUACCUCAGAACUCGCAGGAAGCAGGUGCGCGGCAAAAUACCCACGGAUCCCAUGUACGAGGAGGUGAAUAGUGCAUUCGAACGAGCCCUCGUUUUCAUGCACAAAAUGCCACGUAUCUGGAUGGAUUAUGGUGCAUUCAUGACCUCCCAAUGCAAGGUGACCCGCACUCGUCACGUUUUCGACCGGGCUCUAAGAGCUCUCCCGAUCACGCAGCACGGCAGGAUUUGGCCACUUUAUCUGCAGUUUGUGCGCCGCUUUGAAAUGCCGGAAACUGCUUUGCGCGUCUACCGUCGCUAUUUGAAACUGUUCCCCGAGGACGCCGAGGAGUAUGUGGACUACCUGCAGGAGGCGGAGCGCCUGGACGAAGCUGCCCAGCAGUUGGCACACAUAGUGGACAACGAGCACUUCGUUUCCAAGCACGGCAAGUCGAAUCACCAGCUGUGGAACGAACUCUGCGACCUCAUCUCGAAGAACCCACACAAGGUGCACUCCCUGAAUGUGGACGCCAUUAUCCGCGGUGGACUGCGGCGUUAUACGGAUCAACUGGGCCACCUGUGGAACUCCCUGGCGGAUUACUACGUGCGAUCCGGUUUAUUUGAUCGGGCAAGGGACAUUUACGAGGAGGCCAUUCAAACAGUGACCACCGUAAGGGAUUUCACCCAGGUCUUUGACGAGUAUGCCCAGUUCGAGGAACUCUCGCUGAACAAGCGCAUGGAGCAAGUGGCCAACGAUGAGGCGGCCACCGAAGAGGAUGACAUCGAUGUGGAGCUGCGGCUCUCCCGCUUUGAAUACCUUAUGGAACGACGACUGCUACUCCUGAACAGCGUGCUUCUGCGCCAGAAUCCGCACAACGUGCACGAGUGGCACAAACGGGUGACGCUGUACGAGGACAAGCCCGCCGAGAUCAUCAGCACGUACACAGAGGCCGUGCAAACAGUGCAGCCGAAGCAGGCGGUCGGAAAGCUGCACACUCUGUGGGUGGAGUUUGCCAAGUUCUACGAGACCAACGGUCAGGUGGAGGAUGCCCGCGUGGUCUUCGAACGCGCCACUGAGGUUGAGUACGUCAAGGUAGAAGAUCUGGCGGCAGUUUGGUGCGAAUGGGCAGAAAUGGAGCUACGCCAGCAGCAGUUUGAGGCUGCUCUUAAGCUGAUGCAAAGGGCGACGGCAAUGCCGAAGCGAAAGAUCGCCUACCACGAUGAUACGGAGACGGUGCAGGCGCGUCUCCAUCGCUCCCUGAAAGUGUGGUCCAUGUACGCCGAUCUGGAGGAGUCUUUCGGCACCUUUAAGACCUGCAAGGCGGUCUACGAGCGAAUAAUCGACCUGAAGAUCUGCACGCCGCAAAUCAUCAUCAACUAUGGAAUGUUCUUGGAGGAGCACAACUAUUUUGAGGAAGCAUAUCGCGCAUAUGAGAAAGGAAUUUCCCUCUUCAAGUGGCCCAAUGUGUACGACAUCUGGAACUCUUACCUGACCAAGUUUUUGGAGCGUUAUGGCGGCACGAAACUGGAGCGGGCGAGGGAUCUCUUCGAGCAGUGCUUGGAUCAGUGUCCUCCCGAGCACGCCAAGUACUUUUAUCUGCUGUACGCCAAGUUGGAGGAGGAACAUGGUCUUGCCCGGCAUGCCAUGUCCGUAUACGAUCGCGCCACGUCUGCGGUGAAGGAGGAGGAGAUGUUCGAUAUGUACAACAUAUUUGUGAAGAAGGCGGCAGAGAUUUAUGGCUUACCACGCACCCGAGAGAUCUAUGAGAAGGCCAUUGAAUCGCUGCCCGAGCAGAAUAUGCGACACAUGUGCGUUAAGUUCGCGGAGUUGGAAACAAAGUUGGGAGAAGUGGAUCGAGCCAGGGCCAUCUACGCGCAUUGCUCACAGGUUUGUGAUCCUCGCAUUACUGCAGACUUUUGGCAGACUUGGAAGGAGUUCGAAGUGCGCCACGGCAACGAGGACACAAUGCGUGAAAUGCUGCGCAUCAAGCGCUCCGUGCAGGCCACUUACAACACGCAGGUGAACAUGAUGGCCGCCCAGUUCCUGAACACCAACAAUGGAGCUGCUGCGGAUGCUGGAGCAGGAGCUGGACCGGAUGCCAUGCGUCUGCUGGAGGAGAAGGCCCGCCAGGCGGCCGCCGAGGCCAAACAAAAGCCAACCGAAAAGGCAGCUUCCAAUAUUAUGUUUGUGCGCGGCGAAACCCAGGGAGGUGCCAAGGACAAAAAGGAUACAGUGGUCAAUCCCGACGAGAUUGAUAUUGGCGACAGCGAUGAAGACGAGGAGGAAGACGAUGACGAGGAAAACGAGGCUGCCAAUGAGAACAAGGCCACCGAGUCAGCCACAAAAACGGACGAGGAAGGUCUUGUAAUGAAGAAACUGCGUUUCGAACAAAAGGCCAUUCCGGCCAAGGUAUUUGGCAGCCUGAAGCCCUCAAAUCAAGCCGAUUCCGAUGAGGAGUAAAUGUUUUCCCUUUUAUUUUUGGGGCAAAUAAAUGUAUGUCAAAAGUUUUGAAACUUUA